AUGUUCUCACAUUCUUACAUUUUUGCCAUUCUUAAGGUGAAAUUUAUUGCCAUUUAUCUCAUUGUAACUGCCACCAAUGUCUCAGCCUUACACGUCUUCGGUGAAUGGAGUACAGACAAGGUCUACACAUUCGUGGCCCGUUUUGCUUUUCAAAAGACCGCCGUCGAUGAAGUAGAAGCCACUCGAGGCUACAUCUUUGGCAAUGUUACCAGCUUGGACCCCGCAUUCAAUUCCUCCACAAGGCUGCCACCAGCAACUCUGGUGGUAGUGGAUGGUGAGUACGUAACUGAUCUAUACGGCAACGCUAGCCGACCUGUGCAAUUCUUCGGCGACGUCUCGAAUAAGUCGCACCUCAGUCUCUGGCUUGCCGAGACAGCACGGUGUCGGACCAUGUUCUCGCGCAUCAACACUCUUGCCUGGCACCGCAAAUGCGGUCCUAAAGCCAAAAUGGACUUCUUGCGGCAGGUGCCCUGUACCACUGGAGAUGUCUGCUCCGAGGAGGAUGAUCGGUCUCGUGUUCAACCCGAAGCGCAAUUCACUUUUACGGUCCAGGAUCGUCGGCAACCUCGGUAG